UCGAUAUUUUACACUACUUCCAUCACUAUUUCAUAUCUUUUAACAAUUCGCAUGAAAUUCAACGUAUUUCGCACGUUUCCAAAAAGAGUAUCUGCUAAUAUUGGCCAAAACCAGCAUAGUUAAUUGUUGUUGUUUGGUUGUUAAGAGGCGACGCAAUGCUGGACAACGACACCAGCAAUAACAACAACAACAACAGCGGAAAUCCACAAAACCUGCCACUCGGCGACCUAAAGUUUUCGCUCUCUGGCCAGGACGGUGUCCGGAAAUAUGUGCCAGCCUUGGACGAGCACUGGGUGCGCCGGGAGAAGCCCUUUGGCAGCUAUAUCUGCCUCAUGGGCUCGUACGGCCGGCUGAAAUCCGGAGCCGCCUUGGAGGAGUGGACCUUUGCGGCGAACAACUGUUGCCAGGACAUGGAGUUCCUACUAGGCUUAAGUCAGCACGAAUUCUGGUCUUACAUGGUCUACGAGGAGUCGGCCAUGGCUGCCGUUGUGACCUUCUUGCAGCGCGCCAAUCCCUACUAUAUGCAGGCCGAGCCCGGCAAGGCGGACAGCCCGGAGAGGGAAAAGGACCUGCAAUCGGCCACUGAACUUUACGGCCAGCUUCUGGAUUUUGUGGUGCGUCUGGUGCUGCGUCUAUCCACCUCCAAGGAGUCGACCUCGGAGUGGAUCAGCCCGCAGCAGCACAGUAACCUGUUGUACAGCAACUACCUGAUAUCGGUGCCCAUGAUCUUUGAUUUGAUCAUCGCCGUGGGCGAUGCGGAGCCCUCGAAUAUGGAGCUGCUGCGCCAGAUUGUUGGGAAUGUGCUCCGCCUGCAGCCGGAGUACAGGAAGGACCUUAAGGAAGCGCUGCUCUUCUACGAAAGCGCCUUCCUUAGCAUGCAGAUCCAGGUGGAGAACGAGGGCUGUGAGGGGGCUGGCGGCGGUGCGCCCUUGGAUGCUGACCUGGAGACGCCCUACGAUGAUGUCGUGCUCUUUGCCAUGGACUGUGCCUACACGCUGCGCCUGCUGCUGCUGCUCUGCCCGGAACUGGUGGAGGUCAUCGAACAAUUGCGGCUGGUUCAAAGCAUUGCCAACUUCUACGACCUUACGGUGCCCAUGCUGUACAAAAACAUUUAUAUGGUCAACCCCCUGGCCAGUUCCCUGCGCUGGCUGAACGAGACCCGACAGCAGUUCCUUUUCGACGUCCGACGCGUGAUCACAGUGCAAAUGGCGGAGGGACGUGGCCAGCAGCUGGUGGAACUGCUGCAGGAGUGCCUCUCCGCCCAGGCCUUUGUGGUGGACUACCAGCGGCAGUUUCCCCUAGAACAGGACAUGGACCUGGUGCUGCAAAGGUGUCCCAAUAUAAAAAACUACAAGAUUGACUUUGUGAUAUCCGGCUACCAGAAGGCCCUGAGCAGCUGUCCCAGUGGCAUCAUGGCCGACGACAUGGCCAGCAACCUGGACUCGGAGCAGGACGACGACGAGGAGGACGACGAGGAGAACUCCUCGCCCAUUUCCACUUUGCCCUCGCCAAACGCAAAUGGUGCCACGCGGGACCUCGACUUGGAGGUGGCCGCCGUGCUGGACGUGCUGCCCGAUUUGGGCAUUGGUUUCAUCCGUAGUUUGCUUUCACGCUACGACGAUAGCGAACAGGCCAUUGCCGCCAUUCUGGAUGACAAUCUGCCGCCGGAUCUGGCGCAAAUGGACCGACAAAAGGAGUAUAUACCGCCCGAUCCGCAGGAUAAGCAGCAGCGCCAGACCGGCAUCCGUCACUUCAAUGUCCAUGACGGCGAUCGCUAUGAUGUCCUGACGCGGGACCAGCCCGAGUGCGUGAUAAAGCAGGGCAAAGGGUUGCCGGGGGCGCCGCGCAAUGCGGAGCAGCUGCUGGACGACAAGCGGGAUCUGGCGCAGCUAAAGCAGCGCUAUCAGGAGUACGCCAUGGUGGAGGAGACUCCACUGGAGAACGGUGAAUAUGAUGACGAGUACGACGAUAGCUACGAGGCUCUGAACGAGGGACAAGCACCGCCGGUGAGCCUGCUGCGGGCUAAGCUCCAGGCAGCCGCCUCCAAUUCCGCCUAUGAGGCACAGGACCAGGAGGACGACGAUGAUGACGAGAGCAGUGGCAGCGGCUCAGAUGCGGAGCCAGCGAAACGCAAUGCAGCUGAUUUCUGUGAGAAUCCGGAGGUGACACGGGCUCGUUACCAGCAGCGACAACUGGCCAAGUACGGUCAUAGAAGUGGCGGCGGCGGAGGAGGCGGAGGAGCACAGACUGGCAGCUCUGUGGUGGGCGCACCCAAGGGCCAGGGACAAUCGCAGCAGACUCAGCGCAAUCGUGGACAAAAAGAGGCCCACAAAUCCUCGCGUGCCAAUCACAAUCGCAAGGCUGGAGCGGCCUUUAAGCGUAGCAAGGGUAUGAUGGGUUAACCCUCAGAUCCAGCUCAAAGCUCAGUAAAAUAAAUGUAUUUAUACGUAGAAUCCAUGUACACAAGUGCC